AUGUAGGCAAUCAUUCCAUAAUUUCAAAAUUAAAUUUACAUGAUUCUUUUUAAAUAAAUUUAUGAUAUAUUAAUUAUAAAUAUUUAUUAAAUUUCAAUGAGUUUGAACAUUUACAAUGAAGAAGAAGAGCAGAGAUAUACCUGUGAUGAUCAAUUAAACAAUUCAGAUAGAGAUUAUCCUCAAGCAACUGAUUUGUAUUACACAGUCAGCUAAUCUCCUUAAUAGUCAAAGGGUUCAAGCAUAAGGUCACGAACUGGGUAGAGUAAACAGAUCAGAAAAAUGAAAUACAAAAAAAACCUCCUAUCAAAUAUCUAGUAUGAAACUGAAUGGAAAAGUAGUUAUAAUAAUUAAAUUUUUAGAUUUUUUUAUAUAAAAGAUCUCUUCAAUGGAUGAAGAAAGUCUAUCUAAUAAUCCGGAAAUAGAUUUCUCACAAAAGGAAUUGAAAACUCUCAAGAGGAAAAUGAAACGCUUACACUUACAAUGAACCUCUCAUGUUAAUCUCAUGAUGAAUUAGUUAUUUAUAUUUCUUUUUAUCGAA